AUGGACGACCCCAAGCAAGCCAGCCACAGCAAGCUCGCAAUCGACGAGAUAAACGAAUGGGAUGCAGACGACCUACUCAAAUGGAUCGACCAAGAGCGACCGGGACUGCUCAAAGGCGAAGGUCUUGAGAGAUUUAAAACCGCAAAUAUCAACAAGAAUAUCUUUGUUAAUUCUGCUGGCGACAUGGGGUUCUUUAGAAAUGAAUGCGAGCUGUCAGUUGGGAUUAGCAAGAGUCUCGCGAUGCUGGCGAGCGAGGUCGCGAAAGGGAAGACUACUGGCCCCGAGACGAGGAAGAGAAAGCAUACGCCCGAGAUGGCUCCUUCGCCAAAGAGAACCCGAGUUGACAAUGGUAGCCUAAUAAUCAACGGCGAACUAGAGUACUUCCGAUCCGGAGCAAAGGAUUUUCCCAAUCUUCUACAGAGAGAGGGCCAGGCUUACUUCGAUCGUACCGGCUACAUCUCCAAGUUGGGCAAACUCGACGAGUUCAUACUUUUCUGCCGCCCACGUCGGUUCGGCAAAACACUAACAAUUAGGAUGCUGGAACAUUUCCACGGCCUUCAGUAUGCAGAUGAACAUCGAUGGCUGUACAAGGGUCUCGAUGUGCAAAAAGAUAUCGAUGAAAGAAAGGUGAGCCCCGGAAAGUACUUCGUCUUGACAUUCGACUUUUCCGAAGUCAACGCCAGCCCAGACCUUACGGAGGCGAAUAAAGCACUCAUGACGUCCUUAAACGGGGCCAUUAAGGACUUCUAUAACCAAUAUGCUGUAUACUUGGGCGGAAACUUUACUGAUCUGUGUCAACAUAUUGACAGUGAAAACCCUAACUCCAGUCUUAAGAAUUGUGCCAUGGUAGUUCGAAAUGCGAUUGAGCAGGACGACCGACUUGCCGGUAUUGAAAGGAUCUACGUGCUCGUUGAUGAGUACGAUGCUUUUCCCAACAACUACAUCAAACCACCCAAGACCGCCCGAGAAACCGGGGUCGAUUGGGAUGAUACACAAGUCGGACGUACUUUCAAAUCUUUCUGGUCUAUGAUGAAGAGAUUGUGCGCACGGGGGGACAUCCGAAGGAUUUUCAUCACAGGGAUCUCACCGCUCUCCUUAUCCAGUCUGGGCAGUGCGUUCAAUGUGACAAAAAAUGUGUCAUUCAAUAAGAAUCUGGCCGGGCUUUGUGGUUUAACAUACUCGGACUUGGAAGACGCCCUAAAGGGAAUCUACGAAGAUCCUGAAGUCUACAACGGUUUUCUUUCAGAAAUGACUAAAUUUUUCAACGGAUAUCAUUUCUGUAAAGAUAAAACGGUCGAAACUGUUUACAACACGGAGACGUGCUUAGCAUAUCUUCAGUGUCGUAUCGACGGAGACACACCAGAGACUCGAGACCCGGAAAACUCUGAAGUAUCUGAACAGUUUCUUAAUAGAUUUGCUGCUUCGACGCCAGUGAUAAGAGACUUCGAAAAAGCACUGGAAUGUGACGGAAAAGGGAACUUUAUGCCCGUCGAAUACGACCGAUUCAGACCUGAAUUUACACUUCGAGACUUGAAUGAGGAUGAAGAUUAUUCUUCGUGGCGUUCACUAACUAUCUACUUUGGCGGCCUUACGUUUCACCCAGAAAAGCCGACAACGCACCUUAAGAUACCGAAUAGGGUUGCGGCAGAUCGUAUCGCUCUCGCGGUCCUCCGAAAGUAUGGUCUGUGUAACUCUCUCUCAGAAGCACUUCGGUAUCUCGUGGACUACGGAGAGCUUGAACAAACGUUGGGUUGUUAUCGAGAAUUGAUGAUGCAACGAGACGUCACCACCCAAGAUCUUACCCAAACGAAUGAAGCAGCUCAUCGGGAUAGCUUCUAUUUCAGCCUGCUGCAAAACCAUUUUCUUGCUCCACGCGCAGAAUUCAAGGUGAUAAAGCCAAAUAAAACAAACGGUCGUAUCGAUCUUAUCCUCCAGGUUCCCGGACAACUGAUUGUUACCGAAUGGAAGUUCUAUCGAAUUAACUUCCUAGAUAUAGAGGGUGUCGACAGAUAUGCGACUCUCGCUAAAGCAGACAUCCUGCGCAACUACGACCUCUCUAAAAUUCUUGAGCUUAAAUUCGCCACUUGGGACAUACACCAUCAAGGAACAAUUGGAUCAUGGGUUAUGGCAAAUGAGGCCCGGCAGCUAAGAGAUUAUAUCAAGAGCACUGAAAUACAGCAAAAGGUGGAGAAAGACAGUCUGGAGCUGCAGGCACACUUUGUUAUUGUUGUCGGGUCACGUCAUAUCUUGUUGUGGGAUAUGGAUAAGGAGGGAAAUUUGGCUGCAGAACCUCGUCUCGUACAGGCGCCAAGCAGAUCUAAACGGACAGGAUGA